CGUUACGUCAGAGGAACAAAAGUUCAUCACGAAGCAAAGUGGUGGGUAGCUUCAGAAGCUAUGCCUAUAAUUUGUUUAUAUUUUUUUACAUUGCCAGAUUAUCACUGCACAUUGUAGACAAAUAUACAGUUAGUUAAACAUGUCUGGAAAAUCUAAAGCCGUAUCAGACGAGUACACAUCUGCACUUUCUGAUCUAAAUUUUAACUCGAAACCAAUGAUAAACGUCUUAACGAUGCUGGCAGAAGAAAAUAGUGAUUAUGCACAAGUUAUUGUUCAAUGUAUAUGUGACCGAAUUAAAAAGGUUGGUGUUGAUCAAAAGAUGCCAUCUCUGUAUCUAUUGGACUCAAUUUUAAAAAACAUUGGUGGCGAAUAUGUUGCCAUUAUAGCCAAACAUAUUGUCAACACCUUUUGUAGUGUUUUUGAAAGUGCUAAUGAUGAGAGAAAACGAAUGCAGUUAUUUAAACUAAGAAACACAUGGGCACAAUAUGUACCUAAUAGUACAUUAUAUGAGUUAGAUAUACGUAUAAGCAGAACUGAUCCAAACUGGCCAAUUGCUUCUCCUCAUAAUGGCUCCUCGAAUGCUCUACCUGUAAAAACAAAUGCUUCUCACCAAAAGAUGAUACAUGUUAAUCCUAAAUUUCUACAGAAAAACGACACUACCAAACUUGUAGCCGGGAACAAACUAGAUACAUCAAUUUCUGGUGAAAAGUCUAAUAUGGAUGCAUCGAAACUUCAAUCAAAAAUAAGCAAACAAAGGUUGCUGGAUGAGGAGAAAAGAGUUCAAGAACAACUCAAACUUUUGCAGACUGAGAAAUUAAAACGAGAUCGCGAACGUCACGAAUUAGAAUUAAAACAACAGCAUUUGGAAAGGGAGCGUUUGCUAGCUGAACAAAAACGACAGUUGGAAGUUUUGAGAAAGCAGCAACAAACUUUGUCAUCGCCCAACGAAAAUAAAAACACUUUACUUAAAGGUCAAACUCGACAAAUAGGUGUAAAAGACCCCAGGCUUAAAGGUGCCUCAACCAGUUCUAAUACAGUUCCAACCAGAGAAAAGGUGACCUCGCAUUCAGAUGCCUCAAAGCAAUUUAAAUUCAACGCGAAAGGGAACGAUGGCGCAGUGUCCGUUAUGAAUAAAAUAAUGACAACGCUUAAAACAAAACCAACAGCGCAACAACUUGCAAAAGAAAGGAUGACCAAAGGGAAACGGUCUCCCAUGACGAGCCCUACAAAUGUCAAUGCACCGUCAACGAAGGCAUCUAAAUCAGUAUCUCCACUACCUAAGUCAGUAUCUCCACCAACUACACCUAACAAAACCGCUACUACUAACUCUACAUCCUCCACGACAAGCAAAGUAACCGCUUCUAAUUUAAACUUAGAUUCACCCAAAAAGACUCGAGAAGUUGUUUCGGAUCCGCCCAACCAUUCAGGUACUGUGGCACCACCUACUUCAGUGCCUCCUUUGCCUUAUUCUGCAGCAUUCACACAGUUAAGUACACGUGACAUGCAAAUUGCAGCGCAAGCAGCAGCUAUUGCUACUGCCAUGCAUCAGAUGCAAUCAGGUAUCAACGCCCCGAUGGUACCUGAGCAGUCGGCCAUGAUUGCAGCGCAACUCGUUAAAGUGAUGCAAGGUAGCACGCAGCCUGCUCUUAACCCAGUCACAACCACAACCGCAGCCAUUUCGAGUGAGGUUAAUGCCGUUGUAACCACCACGUCCGUAACUUCCAGCCCGUUGCCAGUAUCAGUGAAUCAACAAACCUCAUUCGCAAGGACGGAUGGAAAAGAGAAAAAGUCUACUGAAGAAGGGCGAUUGAAUGAACGCCGUAAAGAUCGAUAUCAGGAACGGGAGUCGCGUAAAGAUGAAUUCGCACGUGAUGCUCAAGAUAAUACGCGUAAAAUCCCAGGAAACGAUCGCAAGUAUAAUGGGUCAAGAAAUACUUCUCCACCGUCUGACCAAGCAGAGGCACGGAAGCAGAGGGAAAGAAUCAAAGAGAGAAAUAAAUCUCCUGAAAGAAGGAAAGACCAAUCGUCCAACAACAAAAGGGCAAAUGAAGGUAACGAACACACUGAGAGGCCGAGAAAAGCGCGUGCUCGAUCUCCCUCAAGAUAUUAUUGCAGGGUGGAACAAAAAAUGGAGGUAAACAAGCGAGUGGAGGAGAAAGAAAAACAAUUAGUUUUACAACGCAUUCGAAAAAACUCAGGUGGCGAAGUAGGUGGGAAAAUGCGCAAAAAAUCGGACUCUAGCACGCACGACGAAACCUUACCGGAUGAUUUGGAAAACAUUGAAUUACCGGAAGUUGAGACAGUUCUUACUCCAAACGUCCGAUCUUCUACCCAACCAGCACCUGCUGUUAAAACGGAAAAUUUGGUGGGGAUGAAACCUGAUAAAAUGACGAACAUGGAAUGGGAAGCUCUUAAAAAAAUUCGCAAGAAGGAAUAUAUCGUAUUAAAUACGAAAUUGCUCGAUGUAAAACGAAAGAAGGAGCAGCCCUUGGACCCUAACGUGUUUUUAAAGUUAAAAGAUGAGGCAGGUUUUAAAUUCAAGGAAGGGAAACUAUCGAAAGAGCAGACAGAUGAUAUAUUUAAUCAAAUUGAUGUGAUAAGGAACGAAAUCAAACUUCACCAGUCCAACGAGCACCUGCACUGGAGAUCUCGCCAAGACCUCAACCAUCUUUCACCACUGAAGCAUCCUGCUGGAAGAAACAAUGUACGCCCGAGGUUCAAUGAUCCCAGACACCCUGCUGUUUUCAACGAUGGGUUACCACAACAUCACAUGCGAAACGGGCCACGUCAUUUCAGGGGUGGACCUCCUCAUCGCCCUCAUAUGGGGGAGAGAUUACCUUUACACGUAGGGGAAGGUCCGUCUCAUAUUCGAGACAGAUUACCGCCACCGCAUAUGGCAAAUGGACCUCGCCCAAACAUUAGAGAAAACGCAGUACCACCAUUUAUUCGAGAAGGGCCCCCACCACCACAUAUGAGAGAAGGACCUGUUCCACAUAUGAGAGAAGGUCCCUUGCCAUCACAUCUCAGAGAUGGUUACCCACCAGACCACACUAGAGAGGGUCCCAUACCACCACAUCUGAGAAAUGGACCUCCACCUGUACAUCGAGAGGAUGAUGGCCCACGACCUCCUUUUAUAAGGGAUAGACCCCAUUUUAGAGAUGCGAAUAUGGGACAUGAAUUUAAUGGACCACCGAGAUUCAACGGACCUCCGAAACAUUUUAGAGAGGGGCCACUACCUCCACAUAUGGCAAAUGAAAACAUGGAACCAAGAAUGACAGAACAAAAUUUCUUUCGAAGUAAUUCACCCCAGCCGCCUAUGCACUAUGUAGAACCGCCAUACAAAGAGUCGUUUGAACCAAGACAUAGUGAAGCUCGUAAACCUGUGGACGUUUCCAAUCUACUAGGGCAAUUAUUUCGAGCUGGCAUUCUUGAUAACGUGAAAACAGAGCCUGAAGUAGAUUUGAACGUUCCAACGAUACCCUUUAAUCUGGAUGAUUUGCGCAGGCGACAUCAAGCCGUUAUUAAUCACUUGUUUCAAGGUCUGCAAUGCUCUUCCUGUGGUCAGCGGUUUCCUGACGAUGCUCGGCAACAAUAUAGCGAGCAUUUGGACUGGCACUUUCGUCAAAACAGAAAGGAGAAAGAUGGCGAUCGCAAAGUUAGCUCCCGUACUUGGUUCUAUGAUCUUUCAGAUUGGAUUGAACAUGCAGAAAAAACUGUGGGAGAAGACGGGAAGGUUCAAAGUGAGCUUUUUGAAGCAGAAAAAGCUGUUAAAAGCGAAGAGUCGGACGCUCCAAUCAAGACAAGCCGGAAAAAGACGGAAGACCGAUCUGUGCCAGUUUUGCCUGAUGAUGGAGAAGCGGUAUGUUCUGUAUGUAUGGAGCCAUUAGAACAGUUUUGGGAUGAAGACCAGGAGGAAUGGCGUUACUCUAAAGCUGUUCGAGAAAAUAAAAAGGUGUAUCAUUACCAUUGCUUUACCGAUUAUGUUCCCUUUGAGUUUGAACAAUCGACUACCCCAAGGAGGACACCAAGGUCUUCGGUUACCGAUGAUACAAAGCAGGAAUUUGACUCUUCGUUUUCACCACCACCUGAAAUAAAAGAAGAGCCUGAAGAAACACAGCAAAUAAUACCCGUCAAUACCAAACUGAACGCGCGUAAAGAUGACGGAAUUUCCGACGUGGCUCCCGAAAACAACUUGGAGUCUCAAAAGUGUUUAAAAGAAAGCACUAACGUCACUUCAACACUAACAAAAUUGUCUCUGCCUAAACCUACAGAAGUCAUACCUGCUGACAGUAUCAAGAAGGAACCGCCUUCGCCCAACGACGAACAACAACAAAAAUUGGUAGUAAAUAAAGUAACAAAAGCUGACACCGUCAAAGAAAAACCCGUGGAAAAAAUUGAUCAGCAAAAGAAUGAGACAGAAAAUUUGGAUGAGCUGGAUGCUCCCAACUCUCCCGAGUUUCCGUUCGUAUCGAGCGCAACUCUACAGAGUAUUCCGGUAUCGCCUACAGAAGAAGUAAUUACGAAAAAUGAGGACGGUUCAGUUACGAAACUGGACGCAGGAACUGAAAAUGUUAUAAUUGGCGUCAAAAGAAGUAUAGACAGCGAUUUUGAAAGUAACGCGAGAAAGGAAAUGAAAAUGGACGUAAAAGCUGAAACGUCAAUAAAUGAUUGUGCUAUAAGUGUUGAAGAGCCUUGUGUAACGGAGGUUCAACCGAAGUUAAAUAAAUCUGAUAACGAGGCUAUAUAACCAUACGAUAAUAUGGUUAGCCUCUUGUCGGUGUUUUUAUUUUCGACGCGCGUGCAGCGGAUAAAUGUUUCUGGGUUUUUGUUUACAUUAUUGCUGCAGUGAAUUGCAGUUCAAAAUAUGAGCGCAACAUGCUGACAUAUCACGCGCUGUGCUUUUGUGUUAUUGUUUGUGAUAUGACGACGUUCUUGAGCGUGACGCGCUACAUUCAUUUUAGUCAAUUCUUGAUGUGUUUAGUGAUGCGCGUUCUAUGUGCAGCAUAAUACACGCUCGUGCGCGAAACGCUGCGAAAUUUCGUUAAAAUUGAAGAACAAUAAAAUUGUAGAUUUUUGGUACAUAAAGUAUUGAAUAUUCCACUUGGAUAUCGUCAGAAGAAUUAAGAAGAAUAAAUUACCUCAAAGUGA